CACUCCGCGCGGUGAAAGCUAUGACUCCAUGUCUGUGUAUGAGGGAGGAUGCUCAGAGCGAACCCAUCCUUCCCAGACGCCAGUGUGAAGUAACAGUCUGCGCGUUGUUCUCCGCUCUGGAUGGUACUGGGAUGCAUUUUGGAAGAGGGGUCGGGCAGCAGCGACCCACCAGCAUCCGAGCCUGACAUGAAUCACAAGUAAAAGAGCUCUUUCAAGCAAGUGAAGAGCACAUGAAUGUGCACAAGUCCGCCGAGCUGCACUCGGGCUUCUCACAGCGACAUUUUGGACCUUUUGGACCUACCUCGAUUUGUUUGUAAAUACUCAAACCAAUCACAGAAGACUUUAGAUGGUCACUGAAUCAAGCCUAUUUUAAUAUCUUUUCUAAUCUUCUUUCUAUUUGUUUUUUUUUUAACGUUUUGGGUGGGGAGUUUGGUUUGUGGGGAGUGUGUGUGCGUGGGAUUUUUUUUUCUUUUGUCAAGCGCGAAGACAAACUUCUACCAUGGCACUGGUUAUGGAGCCCGUGAGCAAGUGGAGCUCUAGUCAGGUGGUUGACUGGAUGAAAGGGCUGGAUGACUGCCUGCAGCAGUACAUCAAGACCUUUGAGAAGGAGAAAGUAGGGGGGGAGCAGCUGCUGCGUAUCACCCACCAGGAGCUGGAAGAUUUGGGAGUAUCCAGAAUUGGGCACCAGGAGCUGAUACUGGAGGCUGUGGACUUACUCUGUGCUCUGAAUUAUGGGCUGGAGACUGAGAAUCUCAAAACGCUUUCUCAUAAGCUUAACGCAUCUGCCAAGAACCUGCAGAAUUUCAUCACAGGCAGGCGGCGCAGUGGCCAUUAUGACGGCCGAGCCACCCGCAAGCUGCCCAACGACUUUCUAACUUCAGUGGUGGACCUCAUUGCUGCUGCCAAAAGCCUUUUGGCGUGGCUUGACAGGUGCUCUUUCUUUUUCAGAUCUCCAUUUGCAGCAGUGGCAGAUUACUCUGUGACCAGAAACAAUGUUAUCCAGCUAUGUCUUGAGCUCACUACAAUUGUACAACAGGACUGCUCUGUGUAUGAAACAGAAAACAAGAUCCUGAAUGUGUGUAAAACACUGUCUGAAGUGUGCGACCAAAUUAUCUCGCUCUCCUCGGAUCCCAUGGUAUCCCAGUCUGCACAUUUGGAGGUUGUGCAGCUCGCCAACAUAAAAUCCACUGAAGGCUUGGGCAUGUAUAUCAAAUCAACAUAUGAUGGUUUGCAUGUGAUCACCGGCACCACAGAGGGAUCACUGGCUGACCGCUGCAAGAAAAUCCAUGCUGGAGAUGAAGUCAUUCAGGUCAAUCAUCAGACAGUGGUGGGCUGGCAGCUGAAAAAUCUGGUGAACUUGUUGCGUGGAGAUCCUGCAGGUGUCACCCUGACGCUGAAGAAACGCCCCCAGAGCACGCUCACGUCAACCCCUGCUCUGCUGAAAAACAUGAGAUGGAAACCAUUAGCUCUGCAGCCAAUCUUCCCUCAGAGCCCCAGCAGCAGUGUCGCUACGCCGACCAGCACUUUAAGCACUCCGUCCAGGAGGAGUAGCUGCGCCCUGCAGGACCUCUACAUUCCCCCUCCUCCAGCAGAGCCCUACACCCCCAGAGAUGACAAGGGAAGUCUGCCGGAUGAUGAUCCUCAAUCAGAUGUCCAUGUCGCAGAGGGAUCUGAGUCACCAAACUCCUACUUGGAUCAGGAGUGUCGAAGGCGAUUUCCUCUGGUGGAGGAGGAUACUAUACUGUACUGUUACGAGUACGACCAGAACCAAGAGGGUGCAUCAGUCCGCAGGGGGAGCACGCCCACCUACGGGAGGCUAAGGCCCAUAUCAAUGCCAGUGGAAUACAACUGGGUGGGAGACAACGAAGACCUGGCCAAGCUGAAGAGAGAGAGCAGGAGAGAGAAUUCUCUGAUGCAUUUUGAGAGCGAAGACAAGACCUCACACGAAGACUUCCUCCUGGGUCGCAGCCUGAGUCAGAACAGGAGGAAGACCGAGCGAGGAGCCAGCCCGACCCAUUACACGCUCGUCCCUGCCCUCCAGAUGGAAGUCUCCCGGUCCACGUCUAGCUCUGACUCUGCAUCCUUGUAUCACGUUUUUGAACGAUCCUCAUUGCUUUCAAGAUCAAAGAAAAAGGGUAAAGCUGGAAGUCCUCUCACUUCAAUCAGCAAACGGCGGAUUUCCUGCAGGGACUUGGGUCAGGGCGACUGUCAGGGCUGGCUGUGGAAAAAGAAAGACGCUAAAACCUAUUUUUCGCAGAAGUGGAAGAAGUACUGGUUCAUCCUGAAAGACACGUGUCUGUACUGGUACAUGAAUGAGGAGGAUGAGAAGGCGGAGGGCUUCGUCAGCCUACCAGAGUUUAAGAUAGAUCGUGCCACUGAAUGCAGAAGGAAGUUUGCUUUCAAGGCUUGCCAUCCGAAGAUAAAGACCUUCUACUUUGCUGCGGAAAAUGUAGACGACAUGUCCCGGUGGCUUAGUCGUCUCAGUAUGGCAGUGGCAGGCUACUCUGAGCAGCAGGAGAAAAUGCGCCAAGACCAAGAUUACUGGAGUGAGAGUGAUCAUGAGGACAUGGAAAUGCCCUCAAUGUCCAAACAGGACAGUCCACCACCACCUUAUGACACCUAUCCCAGAGCAUCCUCAGUGAGUCCUUACCUUGAACCGAAACGCGGGCAUCUCUCCUCCUCCGACACCUUUCAGUCUCGUUCUUCUCACGAGGAGUUCCGCUCGGAGCCUCAGGAAGGCAGCAGCAACAAUGGCAUCUCCCCCGGGCCAAAGACGAGCAGCCAUCGAAACUCGUGGCACGACCAGAUGGAAAGCAACACACGGAUGCACUACCUCCAGACAUUUCCCAUGGAGGAAUCCUUGUUAUCCCAGGACAGGGACCAGUUGGCGAUGGAGUACCGCAGGCAGGCCACUCUGCCUGCACAGCGCAGUCUGCUGCAGGAACAGUACAGAGCCCUGCCCUUGCCCCUCAGGGCCAGUAUUGAUUCAGAGGUAGGAGGGAAACCUCGCAGCUUCACACUUCCCAGGGACAGCGGCCUCCAUGCUAUCCUGGCUGCCACUGCUGCUUCUGAUCAGGGGGAACCGCAGCACUAUCCACUGGACCGGUCCAGGGAUGCAGGCCAUGGACGUGACUGCAGGAUGCAGACGGACUCUCUGGUGGAUUUGUACCGUGCCCUGGAGCAGACAAACCUGUCUGAUCACAGACCAGCCAACCGCCUGGAAUACAAGCGCUCGUUUGUCCGCCGAGUUAACGACCCCCUGCUGAAUGACAAACUUCACCGCUUACGAAUUCUCCACAGUUCACUCAAUAACGUCCCCCUUCAAGACACAAAUCGAUCGUUGGGUUUUUUAGGGUAGCCUGUUGAGAAUCGGUGUGGCGGUGACAACUAAGCUAUAACACCUCUGUCUGCACUUCACACAGCUGGUGUCCCAGUGACAGAAAUGAAAGGCACCAAAAACCAUUGUUUACCUUCUUGGUUCUCCAUCUCCUCUCCUUUACAACACCUUCAACUGCAGUCCACUUGCAGGAGCACAAAGACUCGCUAUCCCUAUUUGCCUCAUCGCUUUCUUUUUAGGAUGAGGGCUUUAACAAAAGGCAAAAAAAGAUGCCUGGCUUGAUGAAAUAAGUUAUAGGCCCCCAGGGUUUAUGGCAAAUAAGCACUUUGAUUCCAUGUCAGAAAUUUGUCAGAGAGGUUUUUAAAUCAUUGCUCAAGUGCAUGGCCACGUCCCUUUGCUUCUGUUGAGUUGUUUGAACAUUAUGCUGGAGUUGUGUGCAGCUGCUCAUUGUGCACAACAUUUGGUUAUGCAUGUGUGUUUGAUUCAUGGGUAUGUUUGUUGUACGAGUGUACAGGAUGCUAUAUAUAUAUAUAUAUAUAUAUAUACACAGAUAUUAUGAUAUUACAUUACAGCAAAAGUGACUACACGGUGUUUUGGGUUACUUAUACAAAUUGUAAAUCAAGUGCUGUGCCUCAGUGAUAGUGAAUGUACAUUGUACUUUUCCAAGAGAGGUCAGAGAAGACACAGAACGCAAGCUAUCCCUCAAACCAGAGGCACAAAAAUAAAAGGCUUGGCAAUAAUGAACUCGUAUUGUAAAUUACAGAUGAACGAUCAGAAUAGUCGUCUAUUUUUGUAUGCAUGCUGUCUACCUGAUUGUUUGUAAGACAUUUUCUCCACCCCUCGGCUCACCCGCAGUCCCUUACUCACCCCCACACACACUCAUGCACACAAGCGGCACAGUGUAUUUUUAAUUCUUAUACAAACGGCCCCAGAAAAUUGAAUCAUUUUCUUUCUGAUUGUGCGCCGUAAAAAGCAGAAUAACCGUAUUUAUUAAGUGUUUAAUGUGCAAGCAUGCUUUGUAAGACUAAAACAUUGUACCCAGCCAUGUGACUCACAUAUCACACCUGUGCCAUAUUGUAGCUGCAUAUUUUUUUUUUAAAUAAAGUACAUACAUGAGAACCUCUGCUGAGUGUUUUUCUUUCUUUUUCUACUUCCCUCAGUAAUGAUGAGGCUGCUCAAUUUACAUGAAACUUCAGGUUUUCUCAUAAUAUAUAAUUAAUGGAACACGUGGGAAUAGUGCUCUGUUUAGUGCAGGUAUAACUGUUUAUUUAGGUAUGCUACUACUGGUCUAAAGAGGAGAAAAAGCCUUUGUAGAAGCAGCACUGCUCGGCACUGUACGUGUGCCCAUUGUGAAUCUCUGCAUGACAGUUGGUAGGAAAAUCCAGUGUCAUUACACAUAACUUUGUUGACAAAAAAUCAGUCAACCUCCACAAGGCACAGAAAAAAGACAGCCUUUAAUUUUCUGCCACGUCCUUCUGCAGAUGCCAGGUACUCCAUCCCACUGUGUUUGUGUAGCCAAGGUAUUGCACUAUGGCCAUAUGGAGAUAUUCAAAUGGGACUUGUGAUUGAAUUGUAGUUGAAGCUAACAGAGAGUGGAAGAGAAUACCCCAAAUUGAAUUGCCAGGUUUCACACUGCCUCAUAGGUGUAAAUAGUAAUGACUUUUUUGUUGUUGCUAUGAUGUAUAUUGCAUUUAUUCUGCAUGAAUUAGAGUAAUGUUGCAAGUACAAAUUUUGCUGCUACCGACUGGAAAUUAAGGAGCGGUCCCACAAAUAUUACCCCACGAUUAUACUUAGUAAUAUUCUUGUUACUGUGUCAAAACACACAUGAUUAAAUGCAUUUUUCUUAUAUCAUCUUCCAUAUUAAAAUGUUUG